AUGUCGUCUCUGGAGGCCAAGAUCGUCGUGGUCGGCUCGCAGGGCGUGGGCAAGACGUCGCUCGUCACGCGCUACUGCAGAGGCUCCUUCAACCCCUCGCAGAUCACGUCGACCGUCGGCGCCAGCUUCCUGACCAAGCGCGUCGUCGACACCGACACCGACACCGUCGUGCGCCUGCAGAUAUGGGAUACGGCCGGCCAGGAACGCUUCCGCUCCAUCUCGAGGCUGUACUACCGCGGCGCCAACGCCUGCAUCCUCUGCUACAGCAUCACCGACGCCAACUCGUUCGCCGAGAUGGGCAUGUGGCUCACCGAGCUGCGCCGCAACCUGCCCGCCGACAUCGUCCUGCACGUCGUCGGCACCAAGGCCGACAUCGUCACGCGCGACCCGACCCGCCGCGAGGUCCCCUUUGAGCGCUGCAUCGCCUACGUCGCCGAGAACCUCGCCCCCGGCGUGGGCUCCACCCCGCCGCCCACGGCCACCACGCCCCUCGGCAUGCCGGGCUACUACGCCGGCGCCGGCGCGCCGACGCCCAUAUUCGGCGGGCAGAGCGCCGAGCCGCGGAGCCCCAGCUCCAAGCGCAGCUCCGGCUUCUGGGGCCAGGAGGUCGGCUGGGACGCCUGCCACGAGAUCAGCGCCGAGAGCGGCGAGGGCGUCGAGGAGGUCUUCCGCGUCGUCACGCGCAAGCUCGUCGAGCAGAACCGCAAGCUGCAGGCCGCGCUGCAGGCCGCCGCCGCCACGCCGGGCGCCACUCCGCUCGGGGACGGCGUCGGCGGCGGCGAGGGCGGUGGCGGCGUCGGCGGCGGCGGCGGCUACUUUGACGGGGUGAACCCGAGGGGCAGCUUCCGCGUGGGCAGGGACCGCCGGAGCUGGCUGUUCUCGCCCAACUUCUCGCCCGCCGUGACCGUCGAUCAGGCCGGGGCCGGCCCCGGCGAUGCGGGACAGGAGGAGGGCAGCAACAGGAGGGGGAAGUGCUGUUGA